AUGUCGAACGAUUCGGGCGCGACCGAGUCGCAGAAAUACCUUUCCACCCGAGGUGGUGACUACGGCCUCUCGUUCGAGACCGUUGUUUUGAAGGGACUUGCCGCGGACGGUGGCCUUUUCUUGCCUCAUGAAGUCCCAGUUGCACAUGACUGGCGGAGCUGGAAAGACCUCUCUUACCCCGAGCUUGCCUUCCGGAUCUUUAGCCUCUUUAUUUCGAGCUCCGAGAUCCCUCCUGACGACCUGAAGGCCAUAAUCGAUCGAAGCUACUCGACAUUCCGCGCGGACGAGGUUGUGCCAUUGGCGCAUCUCCAGGACGACAACCUCUACCUGCUGGAGCUAUUCCAUGGCCCCAGCUACUCCUUUAAAGACUGUGCCUUGCAAUUCCUAGGAAACCUUUUCGAAUAUCUCCUCGUGCGAAAGAACGAAGGGAAACAAGGGAAAGACAGGCAUCAUCUGACGGUCGUCGGUGCAACGAGUGGUGACACUGGAUCUGCUGCGAUCUAUGGUCUUCGAGGCAAGAAGGAUGUAUCAGUGACUAUCCUGCAUCCAAAGGGCCGCGUCAGCCCUAUCCAAGAGAAGCAGAUGACGACCUGCACUGACAGGAAUGUCCACAACCUGGCCGUGACUGGGACGUUUGACGACUGUCAAGAUAUUGUCAAGGCUCUUUUCGGCGAUGCUGAAACCAAUAAGGAUUUGAAUCUCGGUGCUGUCAACUCGAUCAACUUCUCGAGAAUCCUCGCCCAGAUCGUGUUCUACUUCCAUUCGUACUUCUCGCUUGCCAGGAAGUCAUUCUCGUUCAAUGUGGGAGACAAGGUCAGAUUUGUGACUCCGACUGGCAACUUUGGCAACAUCCUUUCGGGUUACAUCGCAACCAAAAUGGGUCUCCCAGCGGAAAAGUUGGUCGUGGCAACAAAUGAGAAUGAUAUCCUGCAUCGGUUCUGGACAACUGGCCGAUACGAGAAGAAUCCUGUUCAGGAGGCAAAGUCUGAUGGCAGCGUGAAGACUGACGCUUGCAAGGAGACCCUCAGCCCAGCGAUGGAUAUCUUGGUUUCCAGCAACUUUGAGAGACUCAUGUGGUUCCUCUCCAAGGAGUUUGCUGCGGCAUCUGGCUCAGAUGAUCAAUCUAGCAAGAAGCAGGCCGGCCAAGACGUUGUGUCCUGGUAUCAGUCAUUGAAAGCAACUGGCGGUUUCGGUCCUGUCCACCAAGACCUCUUGGAAAACGGACGCCGGAGCUUUGAGAGUGACCGUGUGAGCGAUUCGGAGACCCGCGAGACCAUCAAGACCUGCUACCAGCAGACCAAAUACGUUCUUGAUCCCCACUCGGCUGUCGGAAUCACCGCUGCCAAGCGAUCGCUUGCUCGGGCUGGCUCAUACAAGCACAUCUCUCUCUCUACUGCGCACCCCGCGAAGUUCUCUGAAGCUGUCGAGUCGGCUUUGAAGGAUCAGGCCGGUUUCGAUUUUGAGAAGCAGGUGCUUCCAGACGAGUUCAAGGCGCUCGCAUCCAAGGAGACGCGCGUGACUAGUGUUGAGAACUCGUGGGAGAAGGUGCGGGAUAUUGUCAAAAGCCAGGUUGAGGAGGAUCUAAAGGCUGAAGCCAGUGGUUGA